UCAGCGAGAGAUCUGUCACGGUGACAGGAAAUGGCAUCCUCGGACCGACAACAAGAGUCACCCUCUCGGCCCUCGCGGUGGUGGACAUGGGCAUGGAGAAGACCUGCGUCUGAUGACGCUGUGAUUCCUUGGCUCGCCGCCAAAGAUGAACAAAACUCACGGUCAAUUGCUUCGACUAUUGUGGCCUCACCACCAAUUUCCGCAACUCCAGCACCUCUCCAACGUCCAGCCGCUGUUCCCUCUUCUCCUUCGAUCACUGCCUCAGUAGAAUCCGUUUCAAAGAGUACACCCGUUGAACCAACAGUUGUCCCCGAAAGUGGGACGGGCUUCAUGCGAUACAACAAAUACAUUAUAGGAGCUGCUUCAAUUGCAGCCUUUUCCUCCAUGAUGUACACUAUCCAUCAGCGCACCAAGGGCAAGAUGAGGAUCCCAUUACAGGAACUGAUUGAUAAUCCUGCUGCUGCCGCCGCAAACCCCAAACUCGCAGCGUACAUGUUUGCCGGUCGUGCCUUUGGAACCGCUACCAUUUUAGUUUUGACCGGUACGGCGGGCGUGGCCAUGACCGUUGCCAGCGUUAUGGACGUCAAUAACUUGAAGGAAUUCUCAAUACGAAUGCGCGAGAUUAUGGCAGCUCGCUUCCCCCGGCUGAAGGGAAGCGAUGAAGAACAGGAUAAGAAGUUUGAUCCUGCUACUUAUGAGUUUUUGAAAGAGGUGGCGGAUGAUGUUGAACGCGAGGAACAAGAAGGAGAGUGGAGGGAAGGUCCUGGACAUGCCAUCAUAGGGUCACGAGUGAGAAGAGAGCUUGGACCGCUUUCGAGACAUGGCCUAAAUUAGGAGAGUGACUGCAUUCAACCGCAAUCGUGUGCAAGCAUACAAUUUAUCUAUUGUCAUCAUGAGGCUAGAUUUAUUUCCAACUGUAUACUAAAAUCCCACAACUGUAAUUCACAGUAGCUGUACAGCGUUGUUAUUAACGUAGGAUGACAAUAGUCAAUGUCAUGUCACGAGUCGA